GCUGGAUUCUAGUCAUUGAUAACAUAUCAUCUCAUCCCUUUCCUCUGUAACCAUUCUACUAUGUUCUAAUUCUUUGUAUAUAUAAUAUAUACGCAUAUAUAUUAUUUCUUACUAGUCAUGAAGAUUGAAGGCAGAACUUUCGUUGUGUCCGGCGGAGCUUCCGGACUUGGUCAAGCAUGUGUAGAAGAGAUAUGUAGGAAUGGGGGCAAUGUGGCCAUCCUAGACCUAAACGAAGAGAACGGUGCUGCAGUAGUGAAGAGCCUCCCCGAUGGAUCCGGGAAGUUCUUCGUUUGUGACGUCCUAGAGACGGACAGCAUUGCAGCAGCCGUGCAGGGAACUAUAGAAUGGAUACAGCAAACGGGCAAGCCGUUGGGUGGCAUCAUUCCAGCAGCGGGUGUAGGAAACCCGGCUACGAUCCUAGAUCGAGAUGGUCAAGCCUUCUCCCUAGAUAGUUUUGACUUUGUCGUCAAUAUAAACCUGCGGGGAACGAUUGAUCUUGUACGGCAAUGUCUUGUUCACUUAGCCAAAACCGAACCCGUAGGUGCUGAUAAAGAACGAGGCGUCGUCAUCAUGGUAGCAUCGGUAGCCGCCUUUGAUGGACAGAAGGGGCAAGUUUCGUAUGCUGCUAGCAAAGGUGCUGUCGCGGCGAUGACCUUACCUAUGACAAGAGACCUGGCACGCUAUGGUAUACGCUGUAUGACUAUUGCCCCAGGUGUCUUCGAAUCGCGAAUGACUGCCGCCAUGCCUAAGAAGUUAUUCAAGGGUUUGGAAACUGUCAUGGAAUUCCCACGGCGGGCAGGGCAACCGGAAGAAUUCGCCCAGCUAGUCCGACAAGUCAUCGAAAAUUCCAUGCUCAACGGUACCGUCAUAAGAUUGGACGGAGGUUUAAGGAUGCCAAGCAAGAUUUAGCAAGACUAUGAAGACAUAUCUACAUCAUACGGUUGACGAGAGGUUUUGUAUAAAAAAUUGUUCAAUUUUACUUGACAUAGCCUAGUGGAUCCUUUCCUAAAAUGCAAGUACUGUUGGGAGCAAUCUCGACACUGGCAAUUGCUGAAGAAAAAUCAUGAAAAGACAGAUCGAUAACUACUCCGGGUGACCCAAAUUUUGGACCAUGGAACAACUCCAAAAGAAAGUGCGAUCUAACUCAUAAAAUCGGCGGACGUGUGCGCCCUGGGACUGUGCCCACACCUUGCGUGUGGUAUUUGGCAAUUUGGUGGAACUCAGGACUACCGGCGAGACCUGGACAUGUCGAUUCUCAGUCCGGUUAGGAACCUUCCAUGCAAGCAAACACCCUUUGAGUAAACUUGCGGUUCCAUCCUAUCAUCCACCGUGGCUCUUUCCAAGGGAGUGGACGAGCAGGAAUGAAUCGUGCUCCGGUCCUAUGAGUGGACCAAGGAUUGGUCAGUCCCUCACAAAACCUCCCCUACACCAGGAGGUAA